AUGGCCAUAGCUGGAGUGGUGGAUGGAGAUGGCCCGCAGCAGAAACUCCUGGGGCAGAGACCAGCUCCGUGGAAAUGGUUGCGGCAUCCGCAGUGGGAAAAGUGGCACACCAGCAUGGGCCGUCAGUGGAGGAAAGGAUUACCUGUGGAGGAAAUGCUGGGGGAGGGAGCAAAAUACAGCAUGGAGGAGGAAUGUGAACGUCAAGCUGGUGAGGGGAGACUGCAAAGGGUGAAUGAAGCUCUUUUUAAAGAAAAUGCUUUCUUCGACAGCAAAGUUUCCUUGUGGGCCAUUUUCUACUUGUACGAGAUCACUGGAUUCCCAGGGGACUCUGAGACGUUCCUCCACAAAGAGGUGAUAGUAGUUUUCUACAUAGCUGACACAGUAUUGAGUAAAACUACAGUGAGUGAAAGUCUGUAUGACUUCCUACCUGCUGAAGCGCUGGAAGUACGGCGCUUCAGCAGGGUUGUGCCGGAGUCCAUGAAAUGCAUCAGGACAUGGGGCAUGUGGGUGAGACACGCUGGGUUGGGCUUGGCCUCGGCCCCCUCUGCCAGCGACGAGCGCGUGGGCAAGUCCAUGAGCAAGAGCUGCCAUUGCCACUUGAUGUCCUGCUUUCCUUAUUUCAACUCCCGUCAGCAGAAGCUCAUCAAGAAGCUGUGGGCUGAGAAAGCUUUCCGGGAGGAGAUUCAAAGUUUUCGGGAGACAAUGAGGAGCUUUCGGGAGAAAAUCAAGGCCUUUCGGGAAAAAAUCAGAGCUUUCAGGAUCGCCAUCCAAGCCUUCUGGGAGGAGGAAAAAGCCAUCUGGGAGGAGGAAACUGCCUUUCGUGAGGACGAAAAGGUUUUUCAGGAGGAAGAGAAAGCCUUCUGGAGGGAUUAUCGUGACUUCUGGAAGGAAUACAAUGCUUUCUGGAAGAAGGAUGAGGAUUUCUGGAAAGAGGAUCAGCUCCUCUGGGAGAAAAACAGGGUCCUUCUGGAUGAGGACAUCACCCUAUGGGCAGAAGAGAUAGCCCUGUGGGCAGACGAAAAAGCUCUCCUGGAAGAGGAGAGAGCUUUAUGGAAGGAGGAGGAAGCCCUCCGAGAAGAUGAGCAAACUCUCCAGGAGGAUGAAAUAUUUAUCUGGGAGGGGGCCUUUGGUCCCGAGAGAGAACGACUGCUUCUGGCUGUGGCUGUUGUUGCUGAGACGCACAGCCCUGCUUGCUGCAGAGGAAAAGCAUAG